AUGUCGGCCAGGCGACACUAUGGAAACUUCACUCGUCCGCCUUCCGAGUCCUCCGUUGACGACGCGAGUCUGACCUCGGAACAGCCGUCAAGGCGCCCUGCAAACGUCUACGAUGCUGUAGCAGGACGCGUCACACAAGCUGGGUUGAUCGGAAACAUCACCGACGUGAAGAGCUCUCGGCAACCCCUUCGCCCGGAUGAGGUCCUCUUCAAGCAAGCCAACGCGCCAAUCCGGUAUGAGGAGACCGACUACUACAACGCCCAUGCCAGCCUGCCGGCAGAUCAGCAGCUGCCGAGCGGCGAGCUUCUCACUGCAAUCCACGCCUAUGUCUCAACACUGUACUCGCGGACCGUCGAGGGCGACAGCCAGCCCACCUGGAAAUGCAUGGAUGAGACUGCACUGAUUGCCUUGGCCAUUCUCAUGGAAGAGACGGCGCGAGAAGUACUUGGCGAGACCGGUGACUUUGCCUUUGUCGAGGCGGCCGAUGAUGAGGAAGAGGAAGUGCUUGGAGUCAGGGAUGAGCAUGAAGAGCCGGAGGAGGACAGCCUUGAACCGAUCGAAGUGGGAAGCGAGUCGACAAGUGACGGGUCUCGUUACUCUUCUGAAGAGUCAGACUGA